AUGGCCUGGAACAAAUAUCAUGUCAGGCCCCAGCUGCAGCAAACGAGCGCUAAUGAGCAGGAGUCGCCGUGGGACAUGCGUGGCAAGAAAUCGCCAGAAAUCGAUUCGCUGAGCACCGAGGUGUGGCAGCGAACGGGCUACCAUCCCCAUGUGGAGAUGUGGCAUCAGCACAUGGCGAGUUCAGCUUUACCUCCAUGGACACCGCAGAAUGUUAUGACGGCAGUCCACGAGGUCCAAAACUACCAGAACUACGGAAGAGUUCCCAUUGUUCCCCCGAGUCAUCCGCCUUUGCCAACACAGUUGCUUUUGGGUCAGGCUGGACUGAGACAUGGAGGGCGUGGAGUACCUCAAAUGCAUCAGCAGGUGUGUACUUUCAUUGUCCAGAACAUCCCCUCCCGCUACACGCCGCGGAGGUUAAUGGAGGCGUUUCAGAGAGGUGGUGCAGGUGGCAUUAACUUUCUAUACCUACCGUUCAGGUACAGGCAGAGGCGGUCCAGCCGCUACGUCUUCGUCAAUUUCCGGUCCGUGGAACAAGCUGCCCUUUUCAGGAGCAGGUGGGAUGGGCGGCCGCUACAGCAGUGGGAGCGGCCUCUCGUGUUUGGCAUCGCACGGACGCAGGGCCUGGAAGCCAACAUGUACUUACAUGCCUUCGGUCGCGAGAGGGAGGAGAGGGCACAACCCAUAGUGUUCUUCAAUGAUGUGGAGGUGACUUUCGACCAAGCUUGGCGCCACCUACAGCAGACGCUGUCCCCCAUGGACUGGGCCAUGGUGGAACGUGAGGCCAACAACAGCCGUGCAGACAUGGAAGAUGAAGAAGAGGGUGGCGGUGAAGGUGCGGAGUACACCUACGAUCCAGGGGCUUCCGUGACCUCCUCGACCAGCGGGUCAAGAAUUGUCAUCAAUUUAUAA